AUGUUGCGGCAAGACUUUAACCGAAUUGAUCCCAAGAGGCGAAAUGUCGUUGACCAUCGCAAGAAGCAAUUCGCGGCGCCUACAUACAAAGAUCUCGACUAUCCCCAUCGUCUCAACUUUUACACAGAUCCUCCCACUGCUGAUAUCACCCUCGAGCAGUUUGAGCAAUGGGCCAUCGACAGACUUCGAGUUCUCGCUGAACUCGAAGCAUGCUCGUUCCGCAACAAGACUCCUGCCGAGACUGCAACACACAUGAAGCCCAUCCUCAAGAAGCACCUCCACCUCGAGGCCAACAGCUCAGGCUCCAAGAAGAUCUUUGAGCAACGCCAAAAAGACCACUACAGCCAUUUCAUCCUCCGACUUGCGUUCUCGUCUACUGAAGAUCUGCGCCGUCGCUUCACACGUGUCGAGACGAUGCUUUUCCGCCUGCGACUCAAUGAUGACGAUCUCGCCGAGCGAUCUGCCUUUGUCAAGACUCUUGGCCUAGACUGGUGUGAAGACGUAACAGAUGAGGAUAGGAGGGAGUAUGCUGCGGAGCUGGCUGCCUUUGCUAGCAACCGAAAGAGCGAGAAUGACGAUGAUACAUGGUUCAAGGUAGACUGGGAACGGGUUCCCGAGCUAAUUGAGAGCCGAAGAGUGUUUUUGAAGGCCGGAAAGGCGUUUGUACCGGGCCGAGAACAGGCUGGUAUGGUGGUUUCGGAGUUCAGCUCGCGACUGGAGCGACAACUUGAGUUGACUGCCCGUGCUCUUCCUCGACUUGACGAGGACGACCGGCUCACACCAAUCCUCAACCAUCUUUCCAAGAACUUCAUCACCCCCGACGCAUCCUACAUGUCCAGCACCGCCGCUGUGCCCGGCGCCGAGAUCAGCGCUGCCAACAUCGACAACUUAUCACAACACUUCCCAGCCUGCAUGUCUCACCUGCACCGCUCACUACGCCGAGACGCUCAUCUCAAACACUAUGGUCGACUACAGUACUCUCUCUUUCUCAAGGGGAUUGGCCUCAACCUGGAGGAGUGUCUUGUGUUCUGGAGAAAGAGCUUCCACAAGAUCACAGAUGAUAAGUUCAACAAGGAGUACCGAUAUAAUAUUCGUCACGUUUAUGGUGAUGUCGGUGGUGAUUCCAACCGAAGAGGUGGUGGUUACAGUCCAUUCAGUUGUCAGAAGAUCCUCACCGAGCAUCCUCCUGGCCCUGGUGAGGCCCACGGAUGCCCAUAUCGGCAUUUCAACAUGGAGAACCUCUCAGCACUUGUUCAAGCUAUGGGUGUUAAUGAUCGCUCUGUUGUUCAGGGCGUUAAAGAGGAUAAGGAUAAGCAAAAGUUCCACAUGGCGUGCAAUCGUGUAUUUGAGCAUCUGCACAAGCAAGAGAUCAAGAAGGCCAAGGAUGAGGGUGUCAUGACACAACAACAGCUCGAGACCAUUGUCCACCCCAACGAGUACUUCAAGCGCAGUUUCCUGCUGAAGAAUCUCGGAAGGGAGACGGAUGUUAAAAUGGAGGGCUGA